GAGAAGGAGGUGGCGCUUUGCCCAGAUAGCUUAUCCAUCAAAAGCUACCACUAGGGAGGCAGGGGAAGAGAGAGAAUGCGAACCAUAACGCUCUCGGAGAGCGUUCUGAGGACACAUUCACUUCAUUCUCCAUGUCCCAAACCUCCCAAAUUCCUCAGCUCUUACUUAUUUUCUUUGAAUUCUCGCUUCAAGGAACACAAUUCAAAGCUUUCCCAUCAAUACCCAUGUCUCGUUUUUUCAAGGCUCUCCAGAAGGUGGGGUGAAAACACAUGUGGGAAGUUGUUUGGGCAAUUUCUUGAAAAGGAUUGGGAAAAUUCAGAUGGCAUUGAGUUGAGGUAUUGCUGGAAUGGCAAAGCAAGUAAACACUUGUUGCACAAUGUGGAUGACUUUGGUUUUUCAGACAAGUCACCUGCAAAAAUUAACUACAAAAGGGAAAAUCACACAACUAGAAAUAUCCCAGUUCUAGAUACAUCAAUGGGUGGUUUGCUGAAGAUUAUGCUGGUCUUUGGGUUUCUCACACUCCAAGACUCUCAACAGGCAGUUGCUGGUUCAGAUUUUGCUAGUGGAUUGCAGCUGAAUUCUUAUUUAGGGGACCUGGGCGACAUUAGCACAGGUUUUGUUUCAGCAUUCUUGCUGAUUUUUUUCUCUGAACUGGGGGACAAGACCUUUUUCAUUGCGGCACUUUUAGCAGCAAGGAACUCUGGUGCUGUUGUCUUCAUUGGGACUUUUGGUGCUCUUGCGGCAAUGACAAUCAUAUCUGUUGUUCUUGGACGGACUUUUCACUAUGUUGAUGAGAUUCUUCCAUUCAGAUUUGGUGAAACUGAUUUGCCCAUUGAUGAUAUUGCAGCAGUGUGUCUUUUGGUGUACUUUGGGGUUUCAACCUUGCUUGAAGCCAACUCAAGCGAUGGUUUAAAAGCAGAAGAAGAACAGAAGGAGGCAGAGAUUGCAGUUUCAGAAUUUUCGGGAAAUGGUGCUGGGAUUUUAUCUUCUGCUAGCACUGUCAUUAGCACGUUCCUCCUAGUUUUUGUUGCUGAAUGGGGAGACAAAUCAUUUUUCUCUACAAUAGCACUUGCUGCAGCAUCUUCACCUCUUGGAGUCAUUGGAGGAGCAUUGGCUGGUCAUGGAGUGGCAACUUUGCUUGCUGUUUUGGGGGGUUCUUUACUGGGAACAUUCUUAUCAGAGAAGGUUAUCGCCUACAUUGGAGGUGUUCUUUUUCUCAUCUUUGCUGUGGUAACAUUGAUUGAGAUACUUUGCGCCGGCGCUCAAGCCCUAAGGGUCUCCAAGCCUCCUCUCUCUCCUCUCUCUGCUCUCUGCUCCUCGAUUUCUCAGAUCCCGAGGUUCCUAGCUGCUUUUGCCAUGCACUGAGAUCAGCAGCCCAUGUUGUUUCUUUUGAGUAUAAAUAGAGGAUGAUUGACUGCCAUGAUGUUGUUGUGAAGGAUUUCAGUUUGGGUAUCUUGGCUUGUUGCUGAUUGGACAAAGUCGAGAAUAAUUCUUUAUUGGAAAUGGAUCGGUGUGAUACUUCAGGAUUUGUCAGUGGGGGUGGGAUGUGCUCUUACAGAGACAUCUAACCCUCGUCUUUUUGUAGCUAAUUUUAUUUACCCCGGAAGUCAGGCAGACUGUUGUCUUACAAUUGAGAUUUAGUUUGGAAAUAAGUGUUGCAUAUUA